CCACCCGCUCCUCGCGGAACGCCAGCAGGGACCUGGGACUAUAAAAACCCUCAGCCUCAGUCCAGGGAGUACUGAGCAAGCUCAACCUCCAGGUCUAUCAGUACAUUCAGCAACCAUGAAGGCUGUAGCUCUGAUCCUCGCGCUGGUGGUCAUCACAGGCUGCAAUGGCCGUGCUGUGCCCCAGGCUGAUAUGUCCAUGAGCCGCCUGGAGAGCAAUGUGAACAGAUUCCUGGAGCACAUCACAGAGCUGAACCAACAAGCCACUGGAGUCCUUCAGAACCUCAAGGUCCCUGAGCUCAGUAGGGAGUUGGAAACUGUGAUCACUGAUACCAUGAGUGAGUUAACAACAUACAGAGAUCAGGUCGAGAGCAAACUGGCCCCCUACACUGCCACCUCCACUGGUCAGAUCACUGAGGACCUGCAGCUUCUGGCUAACAAACUGGAGAAAGACAUGACAGACGCAAAGGAGCGCAGCACUCAGUACCUUACUGAGCUGAAAUCCAUGGUUGAGCAGAACACAGAUGAUGUCCAAGGUCGCAUCAAUGCCUACAUUACCAAGCUGAGGAAGCGCCUGACCAAAGACACUGAACAGAUCAGAGAAACUGUGGCCACCUACAUGGGUGAGAUUCAGUCCCGCACCAGCCAGAGCGUGGAUUCCAUGAGGGAGAAUGUUGAGCCCCAUGUCCAGCAGGCUGGUGAUGCCACCGCUCAGAAGCUUAAAGAAAUCACUGCUGUGCUGGAGUCUCAGGCUGAGACCAUCAGAACCCAGCUGGAAAGCGGCAUUAAGGAGCUCAGCAGCUCUGUCGACAGCAAGCUUGAGGAGCUGACAGAGAUGCUCUCCCCAUAUGCCACCCAGGUCCGCGAGCACCUUGAAAACACCAUGCAGAAGGUCAAGGAGAGUGUCAAUGCAUAAAGAAAAGUUCCAUUAAAAGUUUCAAAAGAUUGCUGGUAUUACAAGAAGUAAUGAAUUGCUUAUAUCUUGAUAAGGAAGGAAAAGGAGUAAGACAAAAGUUACUGAUGAUGUACAUUCUGUGCUCUUAUAUUCAGGGUAGAAGGUGUUUACUAGAGAGAAGGUAGAUCAUCUCCCUUCUUUAGUCUCAUGUGCACUCCAUUUACACUGAAUGCAAGUAUUUCAGUCAACUGUUUAACUUACAGCAAACAAGACAGACACUUUCUUAAUGUUUUGCUUUUUUUUACUCUACUGCUGUUUAUCCUCAUUAGUUUUGCAUUCAAAGUUUGUUUCCCUUUUUUUUACGAUUUUGCUGCUGGGUUUGAAUGCAAAAAAAA